UUGCAACCUUUCUUCUUCCCCACGCUUUUCAUCAAGCAACUUCAGUGCAUGCUCGCCGCUGGGUUGGGAUUUCAAGCAAACACUUGGUCGGCGGUUCUCUGCAUCGCUCGCCGGCUGGAAAUGCGUAGAUUUCGUUGCUUCGCAUCGGCACCAAGAUCAAUCGCAAAGCAUAGCGGCCAGGUUUCACCAGCAUUGGAUCUUGUUGGCAAGCGAAAAGAAGGUUUCUUGACAAUUAUCAGAUCAAUUUGUGGCCUAUCACCAUGCAACCCGGUUGCUGUUCAAAGGCCAUUGAGCAUUUUGAGAGCUUGGAUGUUGUCUUCUAAUCGAAAUUUUCAUGCUACUGGGUUUCUUUGUGCAAUGGGGAGUGGUGACUACUAUGACAUACUUGGUGUUGCUAAAGAUGCUACUCAAGAUGAUAUUAAGAAAGCUUUCCAUGCUCUUGCCAAAAAAUACCAUCCAGAUGUAAAUAAGAACAACCCUACAGCAAAAAGAAAGUUUCAGGAGGUUAGAGAUGCUUAUGAGACAUUGCGAGAUCCUGAAAAGAGAGCACACUAUGACAUGGGAGGAGAGAAUCUAAGAUAUGCUACUGAUGGCGCAAAAGGCUUCCAAGAUGCUUAUGAAGAAUAUGCUACUGAUCAAUCAGCAAGAUUCCACCGUGACCGUGAGGAUCCUUUCUCAGAUACAUUCUAUAAAAUAUUCUCCGAGGUAUUUGAAAAUGAGAGUGAAAGUUUUGCACCUGACAUAGAGGUUAAGCUGAAACUCACUUUCUCUGAAGCAGCUAAAGGGUGCACAAAGCAUUUGUCAUUUCGUGCACAAGUUGUUUGUGAUUCAUGCUUAGGAAGGGGUCAUCCAAAACAUGUGAAGCCAUCGAAGUGUCCAAAUUGUAACGGCACUGGGCGAGUUACUGUUUUUCCAUUCACAUCAACAUGUAAUGCUUGCAAAGGAUUGGGAAAAACUGUUAAGGCUGGGUGCCAGCUAUGCAGAGGAUCAGGGGUGGUUGAAGGCAUGAAGAAUAUUAAUGUGGCUAUUCCAGCAGGUGUUGAUUCAGGAGAUACAAUUAAUGUGCCGAAGGCUGGAAAUAGUGGCGGAAGACGUGUCCAUCCGGGAAACCUUUACAUUAAGUUGCAGGUAGCCAAGGAUCCUGUUUUUGUUCGUGAUGGUGCUGAUAUUUAUGUGGACUCUCAUAUCAGCUUCACAGAUGCUAUUCUUGGAGGCAAGGUUGAAGUACCAACUUUGUUUGGGAAAACAGAAGUAAAGAUACCCAAAGGAGUUCAGCCUGGACAACUUUUGGUUUUAAGAGCAAGAGGUUUGCCAAAGAGAAUAGGCCUAGUAGAUCACGGGGAUCAGUAUGUGAGAUUCCGUGUACAUUUUCCUUCUAAACUAAAUGAACGUCAGCGAGCUUUAAUGGAGGAAUUUGCCAAAGAAGAAGCUAUUCAAGAAAACAAUGGCUUUGCAGAUGGAAAUUGGUUAGGUGGCUGUUUACUUCAUCUUCUCAUUCAAGGAUAUAAUUUGAAUUUUGUUCCUGCUUUUGGCUGUUGCAAUGAGAUACAAACUUCCACACCCACUCUUUGCUGUUGUGAUGAAAUACUUUGUCAAGUUUCUGACGAGAUCAAUACGCCGAGUGCAUCUUUUCUGUCAUGCCAACUUCACAAAGCAUACUAAAAUACAAUCAAAGGUAUGUGUCUAUGGUUCUCUUACAUUUUGGCUGCUAUUUGAAGACUGGUAGUCUGUGGAACCUGAAUUGAAUGUCAUAGACUGCUUUUCCUUGACAGUAAUCAUCCGAAAAUCAAUAUCGGUGUUGGUUUAGCUUCAUUCAUUUAGUUCAUCUGUAAAUCCCUUUCCAUCAGAUUCGGGUUGGUUUAACCAUCUAUGUCCUACUUCAAUUUUUUCUAAUUCCCUUAUUACAUAGUAUCACAACAUAUCUUUCACAGCAACCAAGGGAGAAUUCCUUUGAAACUAUCUGUUAACCAUACUCUCUUUUUAUGAAAUACUUAACAGAGAAUUGUUGUAUUUGUUUUUCUC